CUCCUCAGGCAUGGCGGCCGCGCGGCUCUGCCGCCUGCGGAGGCCCCUCACGGCCGCCUUCGGCAGCGCCGCGGCCGCGGGGCCCGGGCAGGAGCCGCCGGCGGAGCCGCUGACGGUGCGGCGGCAGGCGGGGGGCGUGCGCACCAUCGUCCUGAACAACCCGCGGCGGCGGAACGCGCUGUCCCUGCCCAUGCUGCGGUGCCUGAGGCAGGACCUGCUGCACGACGUGAAGAGCCGGGAGCUCCGCGUCAUCGUCAUCGCGGCUGAAGGACCUGUGUUUUGUUCCGGCCAUGAUUUAAAGGAACUGUCAACGGAAGAUGAUGUGAAGCAUCAUUCCCAAGUGUUUGAGUUAUGUGCAGAGGUUAUGACUUUAAUCCAGAAGCUUCCAGUGCCAGUGAUUGCCCAAGUAAACGGCUUGGCUACAGCAGCAGGCUGUCAGCUCGUGGCGAGCUGUGACAUCGCCGUGGCAAGUGAGAAAUCCAAGUUUGCUACUCCUGGGGUAAACAUUGGGCUGUUUUGCUCCACACCAGCUGUGGCCUUGGGCAGAUCUCUUCCUAGAAAGGUGGCUCUGGAGAUGCUGUUCACGGGGGAGCCUCUCUCUGCUCACGAAGCGCUGAUGCACGGGCUCGUCAGCAAGGUGGUGCCGGAAGACAGGCUGGAAGAAGAGACCAUGAAAAUCUCUCACAAGAUCUGUGAGAGCAGCAAGUCCGUCCUGGCCCUGGGGAAAGCCACCUUCUACAGACAGAUAACCCAGGACCUGGACACUGCUUACAAAAUGACUACUCAGGUCAUGGUAGACAAUCUGACUUUGAGAGAUGGGCAGGAGGGUAUCGAAGCCUUUAUCCAGAAGCGUAAGCCAGUCUGGACACACUCUCAGGAGGAGAAGAAAUGAGUCCUGUCUCUUUUAACUAACCUUAGCUGUGCUUUAUGAUUCUUCACGCAGUUGCCUUUGGGAACUAUAUUUUUGUUCUUACUGAAAGUUAAAUUUGUCUUCUUGCAUAUGCCAGACACAAUAAAUUCAUUCUGAGUAUGUAAUAAAUGUUAAGAAAAAUCAAAGAAAA